AUGCCGGGCAUCGAUUUGUGCGGUGUGUUGCACAGGCUCCUAGGUACUCGUAAAAAGGCACUACAGAGGCCCGCGUACUUUGCGACUGAGGUAGAUGUGCUUCAGAACAAUGAGGCGAUGAACGCUCCUGAAGCUAUACCCAAGCUUUUCGUGACAUGA